UUUGGGGAAAGACUUGUAUGGUAAACCAAUGUGCAUUACUGUAGCGCAAGGAAAACCCUAAUUUGUUGUGGAAAAAUAAUUAAGGAGUCACUUAAAACUUCACUGUAUGUGCGAUUGACAUUUGAAACAUCCAACAUUAUGAGAAAGAUUGCAAUAUUCCUUAUAAUUGUGCUUGUUAUUGCUGUAGUGCAAGAAACAGAACAACAAGAAUGUUCAAAAACGCACUGUGAAGGACGUGGUAGAUUUAAGGGUAAUUGCGAUUGUGGAUGUCAUAAUUGUUGUGUUAGAAAAUACAAGUGUAGGGGAGGAGAUUGCAAACGUUUUGGAUCUGGCCGCAGAAAAUGUUACUGUUUCAAUUGUCGAGGUGAAAAAGGCUUCCCUCCCAAAAAGGAUGAUAUAGACAAGGAUUCAAAAACGGGAUAAACGGCAAAAUUUUAUUUACUUCAAAAUAUAUAGAUGUAGAUUUUGUUAGUUUUUCAACCAAAUAAAAGUUAUAAUUACAACAGCCUCA